GAUUGGUAAAGGUUUUAUAGUUGGAGCUCACCGCGAUAUUGCAGUGCCAUUCCCAUGGCUCCACGUAUACGUAAUCCUAGAGCUGACAGAGCCUCCACUUCAGAGAUUUAUUGUGUGAAGGGCUACUACAAGAGAGCCAAGGCCCACGCUGCAGUGUGGAAUGAGAAAGAGGCACGAAGAGACUUCAACAUGGUGGCCAAUCUGGACAUCACUCUGGCCUCACUUGUCAACAGAGAACUUAAGGUCCUGUCGGAGCGCAUGAAGGAGAAGUACUGGGAGGAGAAGGAGACUUACUGGAACAUGCUGGAAAAAACCAAGAAUGGAGAGGGGGAGAAGGAAGAUGGACAUGAUGAUACAGAGAGGCUAAAACAGGUGGAGGACAUCAGUAAGGAGAAUGGAAAUGGAGAUGACGUUCAAAGAGUGACUGCAGAUGAGAAAGGUGAAGAAUCUCCAUCCAACAGUGCUGGAGUCACCAGAGAC